UUGGGAUUACGCAAGAACGAGCAGAUGAGCGCAUUUGAUCCAAAGGAUUGCUUUGUAUCUAUAGCGUGAUUUUUUUCAUCACAAAUUGAUUUUCGAAUAAGGACUCUCGUUUCAUCAACACGUUUUAAUUCCACGCAACUGGUCGUCGUGUCCUGUAUGUGCGAUAGGUGGGAGGAAAGAGCAAACACAUGAGUGCUUUUGUGCAGUGAGAGAACUCUGACUCACGUAUUUAUUUGACGAGGUUCUAAUCUUCUCGCACAAUUCAUUGGACGUCUCUACGAUCGCACGGAGCGCCGACAAAAAGUCCACUCUCCGAACUUGGAGAGUUGCACAAACCAACCAACCAACCAACCAACCAAAAAACAACACAGUCUCUUUGAGAAAUGAGCCAAAGUAGCAGAGACGGAUCUUGUAGCACAUCAUGGCCAGCCAGGGACACGCUGGAAGAAAAUGGCUUUUUGGCCAAAGUGUCCAAAGGAGGUGAGACGAGCCGGCUGAACGAAGCUGACAUUGAGAAGAUUUACGGAACACAGGACAAAGGCGAACAGAGCUGUCACAGAGCGAUUGAUGGCCACAAGGAUUCGCCCAUUGCGCAGUGCAGCGUGGGCGACCCUCCCUCCAUAAAUGCUUGCGCUUCCAUCUCGGAGACAACCCGUGAGCUCUGCAAAGCCGUUUCCGUGUCUCUGGGACUCACCAUGGACAGUGACGCCAGCAACGCUCAACACACACUCCCGCAGUGUGCCUCCAGCGACAGCUUCCAGGCCACCGCUUGUUUUUACGAAGUACAACCCAAGUACAUGCACUUGACCGGACAAGAAACCGUGAUGUUUCCAAGUUCCGAGGCAACUUUCUCACAGCAGCCCAUCAAUCCGACCUCUUCUUUGGAGUUCGCGCUCAACGACUUCUCCGAAGUACCUUCGAAACCAUUUGACCACCUGGUAAACGCUCUCAACACCAGCGUGCUGAACGACUGCGCCGUGUUACCGUCAUGCCGAGACUUCAAGCACUUCGCGGGGUCUUCAGGCUUCGGACAAGACCCAGGUAGAUACCAUCUUGAUCAACACGGCGGUGGAUACCAUCAGCAAUACGGCGUCGGUGUCAAGUCAGAGCAGCCAAACGGGGCGACGAAUGACACGCAGUGGGCCAACACUUACAUCCACGGGGACAGGUACAACGCUCAGCUUUGCCAGUCCGAGUCAACACCAAGCACGAGUACGGCCCAGGGUGAUAGGUACACCGCUCAGCCUUGGGGGACAAGCCAGUCCGAGUCAACACCGUGUACGGCGAACGCGGCGGCGUUUCUCGGCGAGCCAAACGAGAGAAGCGCAGGAGGCACCGAGCCGUGGUACCCCCCGAGUGGGAUGUCAAUGCCGCCAUAUGCCAACAACAACAUCAAGACCGAGGUGGGACAAUGGGUGGUCCCCUACAACAAACCAAGGUUUGAGACUGGCAGAGAGCACGCGUUCGCCAUGGAGUACCUCUACUCGGCACCGAGAGCAUGCCUGAUUUGUGCGGACGAGGCAUCUGGGUGCCAUUACGGUGCGCUCACCUGUGGUAGUUGCAAGGUUUUCUUCAAAAGAGCGGCUGAAGGCAAGCAAAACUACUUAUGUGCCAGCAAGAAUGACUGCACCAUCGAUAAACUGAGGAGAAAAAACUGCCCAUCUUGUAGGCUGAGGAGGUGCUUUGAAGCCGGGAUGAUUCUUGGAGCACGCAAACUGAAGAAGCUAAGAACUUUAGAGGACCGUCCUGGUAUGAACAAACCAGAGCGUAUCCCAAGAUUGGCGGUCCUGAAUUCCAGCGACCGGGUGGGCUUCUUUAAACUCUUGAGAUCCAUUGAGCCGGAGGUUGUGAAUUCAGGCUACGAUCAUUGCAACCCUGACACAGCAGGCAGUCUGCUCACCAGCCUCAAUGAUCUUGGAGAAAGACAACUCGUCAACGUGGUCAAAUGGGCUAAAAGACUCCCAGGUUUUAGGACUCUAUACAUGGAGGACCAAUUGACUUCCAUCCAGGUUUCCUGGAUGAGUGUGAUGGUGCUUGGCUUGGGGUGGCGCUCUUAUCAGAACACCAACGGCAGCCUGCUCUACUUCGCGCCUGAUCUGGUCUUCGACGAGGAACGGAUGCACACCUCCAGCAUGUACGAAGACUGCGUCCGAAUGAGGGACCUGGCGCAGCAGUUUGCGGCGAUCGAGCUCACGCUGGAGGAAUUCCUGGUCAUGAAGGCUCUGCUCCUCUUCGGCAUUGUUCCAGUGGAAGGUCUGAAGAGCCAGAAAUACUUUGACCAGGCGCGCUACAACUACAUUGGCGAACUCGGCCGGCUGGCUUAUAAACAUCCUACGUCUGGGCCAGAGAGGUUCUACCAGCUCACACGUCUGAUGGAUUCCAUCCAGAUAACGGUGAAAAAGCUGCAGUACUUCACAUAUGACCUGUUUCUCAAAGCUCAGUCAAUCUACCCCAAAGUGACCUACCCAGACAUGCUUGGACAAAUCAUCUCAGUCCAUGUGCCAAGGAUCCUGCGGGGAAAGGCUAACGCUAUCCUGUUUCACAAGUAGACGAUGGAAUUUUCAAAACGAAGCAUCAUCCCUUUGCUGCCAGCAUAUCUAUAACAAUGGCUUUGUACUGUUUCCCGCUAAUUAUGAGCUCAUAAUCAUAUUCUGUGCUAAUUGUCUCUCUUCUUUUAAGCCAUAUUUGACUUUUGUGUGUGUGGGUGGGGGUGGGGGGGGGGUGUUCAAGCUUGUAGCUAAAAUAUUAGCAUGGCAGACUCUGUUCAAAUUUGAACAAAAAUUCCGUCAGAGUUGAAAAAACAGGCUCGGGAAAACAAAACAAAUUGAAAUCCAGAAAGUUUGAUCUACUCACCAACGCAGGCGGAAGUGAGGAAGUGAACCACUUCAUUGCCAGAUAUAACUUUAUUAGAAGAGGCUAGAAAGGUUCCAGGGAGACAACAAAUAAAAAAUGACAGCCGGCUUUGCGGGAACAGCCUUGUGGGUAGGGAGAAAGACAAGCGUGCCCGACUUGGCCCUGCCAAGAAAGGAAUCUAUGCCUUGAAGAUAACAAAUCAGUCUUUGACACGCUUGUUUGGCUACUUUUCAAUUCAACCAGUUCAGAGUUGGGAGUAUUGCUUACCGUUGUGCGGUCUCCUUUCUCAUCAGAAUCAAACAAACUGAUUGAAUCUGCACAUUUACAAAGAAUGUGAAAAAUGAUUGAAUAUGCACAUUUACAAAGAAUCUCAAUUUAAUAUUUGUUUUCAUUACUAUUAUCUAUAGGGUUUAUAGAGGCUUUUUUCUACUUUUUCCAGAUACGUAUACUCCUGGCUUAAAGGAUUGUAGUUUUUGUUUUUUGUUCUUUAAUGUUGUACUUUUCUUAAAACACUCGUCACCUUGAAAACUACUGUGCAAGACAAUGCUGAAAAUCCGACACCGUAAAGCAGGGGUCCCCAAACUUUUUCCUGUGAGGGCCACAUAACUUUUCCCUUCUCUGAUGAGGGGCCGGCGUCAGUUUGUAACAGAAAAAGUGUGACAAUCGUAGGGGAGCUUAAAAAAUGUAUUGUUUUCCAGAAAGCCACACAUAACCAAAUAACGGUUAUUUAAUAACCCUUUCCAGGUUCUUUACAGAAAAGAAGUCAGGAAACAAAUAAUAACACUAUUAAUGAAAUAAAUACUAAACUAAAUAACCCCCUCUGAGUUCUUCACAGAAAAAAACAGGAAAUAAAUAAUAACUAAAUAACUCUCUCUGGGUUCUUCAUAUAAAAAAAAGCCAUGGAACAUUAACUUUCUGUUGUGCCAUGCACAAUCUUAACAGAUAAAAGUUCAGCUCAGUUGUCAGAGCAGAAUCUCUCUGACACAUAUGAGCAGUCUCUUAAAGUUCUUGUGUUCCUUCCUUAUAAUCCUUUUGUAGGUUCCAGUAGGCUUGUAGACACCGCUGUCUUUUUUGUUAAAGUUUGCUAGUGCGUCAUAGUCUGGAGUAAAAUUUGUUGUGGCAAUUCUUAGGCGAGAUCCGAGGUGUUGGUCCGUUUACCUCGAUCUGUGACGGGUUGAUGUUGACGUUCAUGUGGCUGAACGUCACGUCGCGUACGUCGAGCCAAAUUGGCCACUCUCUUUUAAACGCUCGGCACUGUGUCCACCUUGCUUUUCCUUGGGCGACUCAUUUUAAUGGAACGAUUCCAGGGGAAGGUUUGUGGGUGGCUUUAGCGCAAAACUGCAUCUGAAAGCUCAGCGCGCGAAUUACAAGAAUGCUGUCGUCACAUCCCACGUUCUAAAUUCAGGACUGAUACAAAUAGAGCACGAGUGCGCCAUGUCCGUACUACUGAGUACGUACACGCACUUGUGAGUGUGCACCGAGCUUUCUGACACGGCUUCCGGUAGUAAAUGCGCAGGCGAGCCCAUCCCCAUCUACUGGAGAAACGCAGUCAUUGCAGGCAAAAUGACCAAAAAAAAAAGUUUAAUAAUACAAUUUGUUCAGGGUUGGCGGGCCGGAUUAAACGGUCCCAUGGGCCGUAUCCGGCCCGCGGGCCGUAGUUUGGUGACCACUGCCGUAAAGCAUCAUGCUUAAUUUUUCACAGAUGAUUGGUUAAAAAAGAGAGCAUAUUUAGUAAUACGAAAAUUGUCUGACAAAUUCGAAAUACUGGGAUUGCAUUUAGAAAUACGCCUGUCAGUUACAAAGUCAAAGUCACCUUUAUUGUCAAUCUCUUCACAUGUCAAGACACACAAAGAAACCGAAAUUACGUUUUCUCUAUCCCACGGUGACGAGACAUAUUACCCGAUAGACAUACAAGUAACAUAUUACGUUUUUAUGAUGGCGUCAUCUUGCCUGCAGGCCCCGAAGAACCACAUAUGAGUAGCAAUUUUCAAGCAGCAUAGCUAAUGUGCCUCCCAUGAAGUCCUGUGGCCUUUGUUAAAAAAAUAUUUUAUAAACGUGCCUCCUGUGUUGUAUCACUUAGUUUAGUUAAUUGAACAUGAGCUAACAUCCCAGAGGUCAUGGAUGAACACAGCAUGCUGUAGACAUGCACAGUGACAAAUGUAAGCAGCUAAAAUCUGACCGCCCAUCGCAUUGGUGUACCGUGUUUUUAGUACGAGUGUUUUUACUUUGUGUGGAAAGUCAAAGGGACUGAAGGAGGAUAUCUACCAUAUAAUUGAAACGUUUUGAACAAUAUAAUGUACCUUAUUAUCUUUUCCGUCAACACUGAUGUUAAACAAUGUUCAGUUUGGUAACAAUGCUAUGCUUUUAACAGACCUGGUGUUAAAAAUCCACACCAUGACGCUCAUUAGACUCCACAGUGUUACCGGCAAUGUAUUUGUAUAGCUGGUAUGUAGACUGCAUAAUAAAGUGGUUCACUUGUA